ACCGUAGGCAAGGAGUCAUCUUGUCGCCGAUGGCUACAGGACAAGCGGUUAUGUGGACUGAUACAGGACGAGAGGUUGAACCACACUGUCUGACAUGUCUCAUCCUCAGAAGUCUCAAUCCUCUGCGGGCCCUCACUCAUCGGGCAAUUUUACCAUCCCUGGAGGCCACUCAGAUUAUCCACCAGUAACGCAACAGCACCUCCCCAGCUCUCUGCAGUUUUCACCUUAUGGCAAUGACUGGCCUGCUGUACCAGGAACUCAAAUGACCAGCCAGAUGAAUCAACAAUAUUAUCAGAGUCCGAUGACGAAUGCCGGGUAUCCUGUCGAUACGAUGCCGACUCAAGCCGCUGUCUCUGCGGGCCCACCACAGAAUCUCCAGCGAUGCACCUGGGAAGGUGGCUGGUGCGGUAUCUAUUUGGAUGACCUCACUCCUUCGGGUAUCCAGCGUCAUUUAAAAGAUCACCACUUCAAUACGAAAGACAGGCCCUGGAGCAACCGAAACCGCGGAAAGUGCCUUUGGUCGCCGGAUUGUCGCAGCGACCUGAUGAAUUAUGAGUCGCUGGGCAAACAUAUCGCCCAGGUACAUCUCAAGAGCACUCUUGAAAUCUGCGACAUCUGCGGUGGACAUUUCGCCCGAAGUGAUGCUCUCCUUCGUCACCGGAGGGAAAACUGUGGGUGAGGCUACGAGUUUAGCAAGAUCGCGGAUGAACAUUUGGUGAACGUUAUAUUUCCUGUCCCCCUCCCCUACGCACAUACACAGACUAUUUCUACUCGUCCAUCGACUUUUAUGUACGCCGUCGCGAAGUGAAGCUGGACUUCGUUUAGCUGUGCUGUUGUUCUAUUAU